UGGGUCAAGGGUUUUUAGUACCACUCUCCUACAACAAUAAAGACCAAGGCAGUUGUUGCUGGCUGUAUUUGUCCUGUGUCUGAGUGGUGCGGAAGGACCGACAGUCAUGGAUGACGUAUAUAAAGCAGCAGUUGAGAACUUGACAGAGGAGCAGAAAAAUGAGUUCAAGGCUGCAUUUGACAUCUUCAUCCAGGAUGCAGAAGAUGGCUGCAUCAGCACCAAAGAGUUGGGGAAGGUGAUGAGGAUGCUGGGACAGAAUCCAACCCCUGAAGAGUUGCAGGAGAUGAUUGAUGAGGUGGAUGAGGAUGGUAGUGGCACUGUAGAUUUUGAUGAGUUCUUGGUUAUGAUGGUCCGCUGCAUGAAAGAAGAGAGCAAAGGAAAAUCCGAGGAAGAGUUGGCUGAAUUGUUUCGCAUGUUUGACAAGAAUGGAGAUGGCUACAUAGACUUAGAAGAGCUGAAGACCAUGCUGGAGUCUACUGGAGAGGCCAUCACAGAAGAUGAUAUUGAAGAGCUGAUGAAGGAUGGAGACAAAAACAAUGAUGGAAAAAUUGAUUAUGAUGAGUUCUUGGAGUUCAUGAAAGGUGUUGAAUAAAGGAUUCAGUUCACACUGCAGCAUCUUCACUCUUCAGUGACUUCAUCACCAUCAUCAUCACCAUCUAGGCCAUUCAUGAAGACAUGCCUCCUGACUGCUUUAAUAAUGUAAACAACAUGCUUGUUUUCAUCAAAUAACUGCCCUGUCAGUUAUUUUCAAACCCUAAAAGGUUUGCUGAGAGAUGUCAUUCAUUGCACAUAUCUUCAUUUGUAAUAGUUAUGAUAAAUCAAUGUCAAACAAUUUUCAUUAAAAUGAUUUUCAUAAUUGCAA